GCCGCCCGCAAUUCAUACAAGCAUAAUUCUUGAGUCCGUUGCCCAUUCUGUAUUGUCCAUGUCCAGGGACUAGAAGUGCUGGGAAUGCUUCCCACCCGUCUCCCUCACUCGAGCAUACAGGCGACUUGCCGUCAUGUGCCGAAGACCUCGUUCCCGCUCACAAGUCGACGUGCCCUGUCGUAUACUCGGCCGACGCUUGCCGCCACAUCCAUUCGCCUCACGAGCGAAGACCUGAAGGCUACCACGCCACUGGCUGAGAAGCUUCGCGACACGGGCAUAUGGCGGACUAGAGCACCCAGCAAAGCAACGCAGCCAGACUUUGUCGAAGAACAAACAAAACGAAGAACAAGAACAUCAUCUGUACCCAAGUCCCCUUCAGUCAAGGGCGACAAGCAACGAGUCCAUCUUGUCAGCGACAAACUCGGCGACGACAUCGUUUCGUACAUAGGCCCAUCCCUCGAGCGCCACAGAGGAUGCGACAUCAUCGACAUCAACCCAGGCGCUGGCCUUUGGAGCAGCAAGUUGAACGAUUUGCUGCAACCCCGAUCCCAUCUCCUCUUGGAACCGGAGGCCGAGCUAUACACGCCCUUCCUUAAAUCCCUUCUCCAAAAGUCUGGCACUAGACUGGUCCCCAAGUCUGGAAUUUUGUGGAAAGAUUUACUGUCAGUUUUGACCCCAGAAUACCUCCCCCAUCAGACGCAGCACCCUCGGGGCUCGGAAAAGCUGCAGCAACGCAACGAUACCCUCCUGGUCACGGCCAACUUCGCCUUCCAUCCCAAAAAACGCUUUCGCAUGUUCGACUCUAUCACCCUCAUGGUCCUGCACCAGUUCAUCGAAUCUAUUGCCACCAACAGUCUCUUUCAAAGCUACGGCCUCGUGCGCAUGCUAAUCUGGACUCGUUUCGACGACAAGACUCGUAUACUGCCAAGGUUCAUGCAGAGGCGCGGUAUCUCUGCCGUUCUUAGCGAACUCUACUGCGAUCAUUUCCGCGAGGUGUGUGGAACGGCAAACGGUGACCCUCUGUGGUUCAAACGAGAAACCCAACUCGAAAAGGCUAGUUCGCUGUGGACGGCCCAAAGGAUGCGCGAUGCAGGCACUGUGAUGCCUAGCGGAAGAAGCAAUGAAUCAUACAGGGAGGCCGUGGCCAAUUUGGAGCAGGGUAUCGCCAUCGUCCCCGGCAGCUCGGUUCCCUCCUUCGACCGCCCCUACCACGACGUCCUCAGCAAGCUCAAAGAGAAAAACGAGCUGGCCGAAGGAUUCGACAGGCAUACGGACCCGCGCUACAAACAAAUGCAAAGAUACCAAUGGCGUGAGAACUGGGAAGUAAAGAGGCACCUGUGUUUAUACGAGUGGCAACAGCGCCUGGACGACAUUGUGGAGGCCAAGAAAUCGGGUCGGGCAACUCCCGAAGAGAUCCGCGACAUGGAAGCAGCAUGGCAUGCGAGCAUGUCCCGCAACGGAGCGAAACAUAUGGGUGAAUAUAUUACCUACCGGGACAACCUGCACUUCAUGCGCCAGAACCCACCCGUGAUGCAUUGGGACCGCCGCGACAUUGAGCCCCUGGCCGUACUCCCCGACGAAUUUUAUCCCAACAUCGAGUGCUGCCUGCUCGAUCUCCAGCCCAAGGCGGUGCAUCCGCUUAUGCGGGAGAUGGGUCCCAAUUCCAACCGCGCCGGCGACUCUUUCGAGUUGAUCAUGCGCUCCAUGUUGUCGAUAGGCACGCAACCUAUUAACAAGGCACUUGCCGCUUUGUGGCCUGGCGCUGCCGAAUUCAUCAUUCCGCGGUGGCACAGCAUCCGAGAUUCCGAGCGGGGCGGUAUCGAUGUCGACAGCUCUCAUGCAUCCCUUACACCCCGCAUGUUGAAUAGCGCGCAGUGGGCUGAGCUGCUCGACCUUUGGAUGCAGUGGCCAUUCCGCCCUAGUUUCGUAGACCUAAUCGGCCGCAGCCAGGACGAAGGCACCGUACACGGUGCGGAUACCGAUUUUGGGACUACCAUCGAUUUGUGACGAAAUGCGCAUCUAUGGAGACGAUGUAAUUUAUUGUAUAUGUGUGUACGAAUAUGGAUGUAUGAUAUGAACUCCCCUCUGCCCUGGCAAGGGGCGAUCAUAUACUCGUGUAAAGGAUGUGUAUGAAGCUAGAUGAACUGCAUAUCGAAAGGUUCGGGUUGCAUUAGACAGGACAAGUUAGACAAAACUGGCUUCAGUGCUGAUACGAAGAUAUUUCCC